GUGAGAGAGAGAAGGAGAAAGGAGAACGAAUCUGUAUGUCUGGAAAGAGAGAGAAAAGGGGCGAAUACAUAUGCUAAAUUUAUAUAUGAUUCUUUUUAUUUAAGUAUAAAACAUGGAAGACGACAAAUUUUUAAAUAAUUUGUUUACGUUAUUUGGCACCGUAUUCAAUGUAAGCAUAUUUUUUGAUCGCGAUAAAAAAAAAUUUUUUUUUAGAAGAAUGAAUUUAAGAAGGUACAUAAUAAAGUACUCGAUCGGUAUAUCAAGUCGUCUGAUAAACUUGGUGCUAGAGCUACAACUGAUGAUGAAGAUUUAAAUAAAAAAACAAAUAUAUACAAAAUGCAACUUAAAUUAAUUUGCGUGUUGUUUGAAUAUUUAAACAAUUCAAGUGGAUGUGAAAAGGUGUCACUUGAUACUAUCAAAAUAGUUGAUAAUGAAGGUGAUCCAGUUGUUAUUAAAGGAGGUGAUGCAGAAAAUGAUAAAAAAGUAUAUUUAUGUCCAACUUGUUAUAAUGAUAUGACAGCUCAAGUUCAAGCACAAAAACAAAAACUUGAAAUUGAACAAAAAGAACCACUUUAUUUUUGGGUGGAUGAUGUUUCUAUUCAAUUAAAUCCUCCAAUAUCUUAUCCAUUUUUAAUUACACGUUUUGAUGGAACAUGUUAUUAUGGUGUUGCAUUAACUUUUUUUAAACAAUUCAAUAAUGAUGAUGGAACUUGUUCAAAAUCUUCAUCUGCAACAGCAAUUAUUUCUUUAAAUCGUCUAAUUGAAAAAUUAUAA